AUGGCCGAUUACACCAAAGAAUCGCUCCAUGCCCUGGGUGCUCCCGACCCAGAACUCUCCGAGUUCCUUAAAACAGCCCCCACGCCGAACCCCGACUUAACUCUCGCCCAGCGCCGCGAGGAAGUACGCUCGCGAGAAAAUUACCGCUACAAGAAUAGCCCGACAUUCGACACGAUAGAGUCCGUGGUGAAUAUUCAAAUGCGCGAUGGGCAUUCUAGCGAAACGCGUGUUUUCAAGCCCGCAGAAGCAGCGACAGGAACGCCAUUGGUGGCAUUGAUAUUUGGUGGAGGAUUUAUCAACGGCUCGAAUAUCCAGCUUGUCGCUAUCGCGCGUGCAGUUGCGAAGCUGUACGGCGCGACGACGGUGACGCUUUCGUAUCGUCUUGCGCCGGAAUACAAGUUCCCGACUGCACCUCAUGAUAUCUGGGAUAGUGUAUCGUGGCUAGCAGAGAAUGCAUCAAGCCAAAUCGGAAACGUGGAUAUGGCAAAAGGUUUUGUGAUCGGUGGUGUAUCCGCCGGCGGAAACCUCGCCAUUGUUACCGCGCACAAGGCUCUAAAGCAGAAGCUUGCCGCACCGAUCACUGGCGUCUGGGCUUGUAUCCCAGCUGGGCUCAGUGAUUCGACUAUUCCAGAGCAAUAUAAGGAUAUCUGGGCAUCGCGCGUGCAGAAUGUAAACGCGCCUUUUCUGAAUACGCAAGCCAUCGAGAUCAUCAGCCAAUUGUACCAACCUAUCGAGACCUCGGAGGACUACACACCCUUCCCGGAUCCAGCAGAUCUCUCUUGCCUCUCGGGUAUCCCCCGCACUCACGUCCAAGUUGCCGGACUCGACCCCCUCCGCGACGACGGAUUGAUUUACGAAAAGGCGCUACGUGAUCACGGUGUCGAGACGAAACUCGAUGUGUAUCCUGGUGUUCCUCAUGCGCAUUUCUCGGCAUUGCCGGGGUUGAAGGCGUCGUCUCAGAGUAGGAAGGAUACAUUGGUUGGGCUUGGGUGGCUGUUGAGACGGGAGGUGGAUGUUAAUGCUGUGGAGGGUGUUGAGGAGGCGUGGAAGCAGGCACUGCUUGGGACUGUUAAAUAA